AUGACGGACGUAAUGCGCGACAUGAUCGCGGAAUUGAUGGGCAGUCAGCACGUCGAAGAGCAUGGUCAGUACAAAUAUUUCGAAUUUUUUUUUUCUCGAUUUCUCUUAUUUCAUUAUCAGCGUAAUGAAUUUAAAAAACGAAAUAAACGAUCGAAAAAAAGAAAAACCAAUUUUCAAUAUUUUAUUUCGUAGUACUACGCUUCUCUUUCAAAUUGGCCAUGUUUGUGCAAAUUUUUUUCGAUUUGGAGAAAGGAUAUCUGUCUUAUCAUAGUUUUAAUAUCUAGGAAGACCGGCACGUCCUUUCGAUCACCAUUCGGUAUGCCGAGCUUAUCUUUGGGGAUGUUGUCCUUACGAAUUGGUUCCGGACAGCCGGCUUCAGGUAGGCCUUUCCCGGAUUCUGACUGAGCCAGUAAAGUGCACGCUAUUCUAACAACUGAGCUUGUUCUGUAAUGCUUCGACGUUUAAUUCGAAAUUGAUGAAAUACAAUUAGGUGCAUCGGGCUGAUGUGAAUCUCUUGGCGGGUGUGUUCUGACCUUUUGUGAGUUUUCCAUCGAACGAUUUGAUUUUAUAUUACUCUUUCGUUUGUUUUCAGGCUGUAAGGUCGUCGACUUGACUUGACAAACUUUUUCUUAACUUUUCGGUAUUUGAAAUUUGAAAACAAUUAGGUUUUAUGUUCACAGCGAGCUCGCGCGACUUCAUGCGUUGUGAGUUUUUCAAACGAUAGUUCAUGUAUCUCAGUCUCAGCCUGUUUGAAUCUAGAACCAGUGAGAAACUUCCUCGUAGAGCGUUUUAAGCGCUCAUGUUUGUUUAGAUAUAUUCUGUUCUUCAACACGUUCCAAAAAGGUUCAGAAUUCGUUUCAAAACGCUAUAAAUUUCUCCCAUAAUUUUUGGAACAGUAUCUUCUCGCCUUCCCAUGACUUGAAGGCCAUGAAAACAGCUAACCGCAGAUUUUCAGGGCCUGGUUUCGUGUCAUAAAAGCCACGAACCUGCACAUAAAGCCGAUUUCGAUCGCGCUCAGAAGGAACGCGAUUAUUUUUUUGAUAUUGACGUUCGUUUUUCAAAAAUAAUUUUAUCGUUUGAUAAAAAGUUUCUAGGCAUUUGAAAUUUUGGAAAAUGCGAUCAAGCUCGUCGAUGUGGAAAUUGAUAGAAUUCGCGAUAAAUUGGAGAGAGAAGCGAGAGAAUUGACUGAUACAGCUGAAGAUGCAAAGGUUAUAUUUAGUUUCGAUAUCAUUAAUCUAUUAGUUUUUCAGCUUCAACGCAUUGCAGAGAUCGACGAGAAAAUUCAAAAGGUUUUCAUUAUUUGCAUUUAAAUGAUUUCAACAAGUGUGGUUCAGCAAGUAGAGGAGAUCGAAGUAUUGGGAAAUUUGGGAAGGAUAGAAGAAUCGAUGCGGCUUUCGAAAGCUGUGGAAGAGUUGCGUGAACGGAAAGAGGAACUUCAGGUUUGUAUAAAAUAAACUGAGAUUUAAAAAAAAGAAUCCGUAGGCUCAGACUGAAGUCAAAGUGGCCGGACCAGGCUCGAACGCGUCGCGGCUGCGAGUCUGCGACGACUGUGGCGCGCAGUUGAAUGUGAUGGAUCACGAGUCGCGAAUCGCCGAUCACUACAACGGCAAGAUGCAUCUCGGCAUGGUCGAGUGUCGCGAGAGAUUUCUCGUCAUGAAGGUUGGUCUUCAAAUAUUGUCUUUCCCAAUAAGUAUUAAUUGUAUUCUCAUAAGAAACAGCGGCAGAAAAAGUCCCAGAGAAGACCUAGUAGAACACCCAGGAAUACAUGAAGAGAGAAAAAAGGAAACUUUGAAUCGUAAAAUUGUAUUGAAGAAAAAUAUGGCCUGUUUCAGGUUAUUGAAGAUUUCAUGUUCAGUUUAUGUUUUGAAAAAUAUUUUUGUGUUAUUUAAUCUCUUUACAGGAAACUAUCGAUGAACGGAGACGUCUUCGACGAGAACAACUCGGAGAAGAUAGAAACAGAGAUGAUCGCAGGUUCUCUCCAUUCAGAUCAAUUGAUCAACAUCUCAUUUGUUCAGAAGAAGCCCGAGGAGAGAUCAUCGCGACAGAGAUCGAGGCGACCGCAAACGAAGGUAAAAGAGAAGUUUUUGCGAUUUUGAUUGUCUUUCCAGCCGUUCUCGCGAUCGCCAAAGGGACCGCGACCGUCGUCGUUCUAGCAGAGACCGCGACGAUCGUCGUAAGGGUCGCGAUCACAGGUUAUUAUCAUUUUUAAUCAGUUUUAUGGUCUAACUUUGUUAGAAUCAGGUAAAUUCCGCCAUUCAAUACACUUUUUCUAAAAAUUUUCUGCAUUUCCAAUGAACUAAAAGUGAUGCGCGGAGGUUGUCCAUUUUUUUCUUUCUCGUAUGUUUUAAAAAAAAUUUUUAUACUAACAGUUACGUUUAAAAAAAAUUGUGUAGCGGUGAAGAUUUUUCAAAAAUAAAGGAUAGGAAAAAAAAAAGGAAGGUCGCUUCUUUCUGUGGUAGGGAAUUACUUGAAAACUGGUCAGAAUACUUCUUGAUGUAUCAGGAAAUGAUCCUGAAAGUCUCAACCUGCACCUUUUUCUAGUUUUUGAGAAUUAAGGAAUCAAAACCCCAAAAUAGCAGUUUUUAACGAAUUUCGACGGUUUUCUCUGACUUUGAGGUGUCCUUUCUCAUACUAGGAAGGUGUGCAGAAUGAAAAAUUCAAGAUUUUUCUCUUGUAUCUCAAGAAGUGUUCUGUCCGAUUUUCAGGAGAACCCCAACUGCAAAGUUAAAUGAACUACCCUGUCAGACCAUUUUUUAGUGAAAAAAAUAAUUUUUUGGAAAAGAGGAAAAUAUUCUAAAAAAUAAUGAUCACGAGUUAAAAAUUCAACUUGUUUUCUGUACUUGAUCAUCAGAAGUCCCUUGUGGUUCUUGGAAUAUCUCAAAUCGAGUCGGCAUCUUUUUCAGAAAGUUUUUGAAGUGAAAUUUGUCUCAUAAAAACAUAAUUGAGAUAAAGGGCACCCGAUAUAGUUACAAAUGACCUCUCUCAUAAUUAAUUCGCGCCACCUCGAAUGUCCUUCGCAACUGCUUUUUUUUUUAGUUAGAUGGUCAAGGUUAUUCUUACAUGGAGAACCUCCUUUUGUUUAUUUCUACGAUAUGAUAGCGUUUCUCCUCUUCUAACUUUGUUUUUUUUUUUCGUAAUUUUUCCAAUCAAAACUUUUUUCAGACGAGAUCGAGACCGUGAUCGCCGUUAUUGA